AUGUCGCGCCCGAAUACCCGCCCGAGCCCGCGCGUCCAGCCUACGCGCAGGCCUUCUCUAUCUCUGCCACUCUCUGUGCCUCAGCGCUCGACCUCGAUGUCCGGUCCGAGCCGGCCGAAGACUAAAAUCACGACUCGCACGUCAAAGGCUACUCAGAAGCUCGUCGAGCUUCCUUCGGAUCCUCAGACUAAGCCUCUACUGUCUGAAGAUGUGUUGGGCUAUGCAACCGAUGCUGGUAUACGCAUGCGCGAGCGUAAAAGCGCCGCUGAGCGGAUGAGUAAAGCCGAGAGGCGCAAGGAGGGUUUCAGACGGAUCACGGCGUAUGGCGUCGCGGAGGGCGUCAGGAUCAAGCUGGCCAGUAGCUUCUUGAAGCGAGAACAUAAUGUUCAUCCACGUGUUUACGAUAAUGCUCUCUACGCCAUGUACAACCUGCCACUCCUCCCCGGCUACGGCCCAGCCUCGAACAUCCGCUCCUCGACCCACGCAACAGAAGCCGAGCACACCGCCGCCCAAACGCACAUGUCAGAAGCAGAAGAGUCCGGCUACCAGGGCACGUACUUUGCCCGCGCCGACCCCGAAUCGGGCGCGUUCAACGUCGAGGACGGGUACAUUGCCGCCGGGAGUCCUGAAGAUUUGAGGAAUAAAGCGAGGGCGGAGGAGGAGGCGCGGGAGCAUACUGAUGAGGGUUUGGGAACGGAUACGGAGCCGUUGCUCGUUUCGGAAGCUGAGGCAGAGGAGGUGCCGGCGGGGCUGGCGCAAGGAGACGUCGACACCGUCGUGGAAGUUAUCCCGCCCGCAAUGGAAACCGCGCUCCUCGCCGCAGCCGAAGAAGCGCACGGCUCGCCCUCAGUCUCCUCCGCCGCGCUCGUCGACACAUCCUCCACAGCCGAAGUCGUCUUCUUCGACUACGGCGUCGUCGUCUUUUUCGGACUGCAAGAGGAGGAGGAGCGGAGUAUACUGGACGAUAUCGCGAAUGCGGGCGCGCUGAGGCAGCCAAGGGCGGAGGAGAAGUGGGAGGUCGAGGAGCUGCAUUAUACGUAUGACCGGAGCGUGCCGAGUCCGCGGAUAUACAACGACUUUUUCACGUUCAAGAACCCUUCGCACCUCCUCACGCUCUCGAUUGCACAUGCUCUGGCUCAGUCAACGCUAUUGGCGUACUACGAGUCCCUCACGACGGCCAUCCUCUCCGACCCAGCCACAACCUCCAUCCCCCGCACCCUAGCGCUCGAAGGCAAACUCUCCAUCUCCCGCACAAACGCCAUGCGCCUCACCGGCCGCCUCUUCCGCCUGCGCCGCGACGUCGUCCUCAUCGGCAACGUGCUCGACGUGCCCGACAUGUUCUGGGAAGAAGCGAGCCUGCGCGGGCUGUACGAUGCGGUGCGGGAGUACUUUGAGAUUGGGGAGCGCGUGAGGGGCGUGGAGGAGAGGGUUGCGGGGGCGCGGGAUUUGUUGGAUGCGAUUCAUGAGCAUUUGAAUGGGAGUGCUAUGGAGAGGAUUACCAUCAUCAUUAUCUGGCUCAUCGUCGCGGCAUGUCUCGUCGAAGUAGGAGAAGUCGUAGCGCGUCUUAUUGUGCACGCAACAACAGCCAACUCUCCCAUCCCGCACUCGACAUUCGUCCGCGGUCCGCUCGCUUUGAUGCGAUAUGCAGCCUCAAGUACUCCCUCUUCGACUCCCAACGCGAACGCGCUCGUGCAGAGUGUGGUACCGAGCGCGGUGCAGAAUGCGUCCAGCGUCGCGGUCAGAUACGCGGAUAGGUUUUUGGAUCUGAGUGGGAUGAGUAGGGAGGAGGCGUUGAAUGCUGUUGAGAUCAUGAUGAGGGCUGCUGGGAAGUAG